AUGUCCAUGCCCGCAAGGCCGAAGACCAUGUUACAGCGACUUGUUGUGUCGGUUGUAGCCAUAGGAGCAGGUAUUUGGGUUACAGUGAAGACAUCUCCCGCACCUAUAUUCCGGUAUCAGGAAUUCGAUGAGGACGAAAUUGUUAAGAGAAAACAAGAGGGUAAAUGGCUUUCAAUUCGGAUAGAGGACCCUACACCCGAGCAAGUAGCAAGCAAGAAGGUUUAUGAACAGAACGUAUUAGAAGAACAGAAACGACAAUACAUAAAACGAUGGGUUAAUGGAAUAAUUGAAGAAAAGCGAAACGAAGAGCGUAUGAUAGCGCGUCAAAUGCCCAAAGUCUUGCGAAAAAUGGCUAGAGAACGGAAAGAGAGAGAAUCAAAAGCUGUGGACGACAUGACGAGUUCUACUUAG